AUGGCCUCGUAUCAUCAUGAUUUCGACACCCAUGAACUCCAGUCCGACUAUUCUCUUAGUCUGGUUACACCCUGUACCUUCUACCUUACUACCCAUUCCCAGGUUACACCCUGUACCUUCUACCUAGCCACCAAUUCCCAGGUUACACCCUGUACAAUCUACCUAAAUAACGGCGAGUUGCAAGUGGAAUUCUAA